AUGAGGAGAGGAGAACGAGAUUGGGCUCAACCCCGUUCCUUUCCACCCCUUGACUCGUUCUGCCUUCUUCCCCACCCUGUCACCUCCCACACACACCCGGCCCUCUUCCCACUCCCUUUUUCUCCUCCCCUGGUCUCCCCACCCUCGCUCGCAACAGACGAUGAGGAGGACGAGUUCCCGUUCGUCCCCACCCUCAAUCAUAGCUUCGUUCUCCUUGGCACUCCUUGCCUUGUUCCCACCUCUCCUCCACAACCCUCUUCCUCCCAUCACUUCCUCUCUUCUCCGAAUCCCUUCUCUUCCUCCCCUCCAGGUGACGAGGAGAACGAGUUUGGGCUCAACCAGAGGGCGGGCGCUGCUGAUGUGGCGCUGGCAAUCAUUACGCAGGCGCAUGCUUCCUGGCAGCUUCUCACCGAGGACAGCCCGCCGUGUCUCUCCCCCUGGAGCCCCAUCAACCUCGUGCUCUCCGCGCUGCGCGUUCUUCGCGGCUCAUGGCGCAAAUACACUGAUCACACCGUCCCCCGGUUUUCCGGGACUCUGGAUAUUGACGACGCCGCUGACGUGGAUCUGCGCAGCAGCAGCGGCGGGGAAGGGCGGGGAGGGGGAAGCGCUGGAGACGUUAAGCUGGCUGGUGCCAGCAUUCCUCGCCGCAUCACGUUAAGCUGGCUGGUGCCAGCAUUCCUCGCCGCAUCGCUGCUCACUGCCUUCCUCCUGCUGCUACUCAUCGUUAGCCUCUCUGCCUCCGCCAAGGCAAAUCUGCAGGCCAACAGCGUCAACAACGUCUUCUUCUGUGCCUUCCAUGUCAGUCAGCUGCCCUUCUUGCCAGUCAGCUGCCCUUCUUGCCAGUCAGCUGCCCUUCUUGCCAGUCAGCUGCCCUUCUUGCCAGUCAGCUGCCCUUCUUGCCAGUCAGCUGCCCUUCUUGCCAGUCAGCUGCCCUUCUUGCCAGCUAUGUCGACGUUUUCCAACACAGGGGCGGCACUGCUGAACGAUAAUCUAAUGGGGUUCGUGAGGGUGCCAGCUCUGAUCAUCGUCACGUCGGUCUUCAUUCUCAUUGGCAAUACCAUGUACCCGCCCACGCUGCGAGCCCUCCUGCUUCUGCUCCGGCACUUCUCACGAGGAGAGAAAAGGUUCGUCUACUCCUACCUUCUCGUGCACCCACGCAAGUGCUACACGCACCUCUUCCCACCGCGCUCCACCGUGAUGCUCGUGCUAACAGUGCUCGCGUUCAAUCUCACGGAGUUUGUCUUCUUCUGUGCCACUGACUGGACCUCGCCUGCCAUUGACGGCUUCACCAGCGGGACCAAGGUACUGGCAGGAUAUUUCCAAUCUGUGAGCACACGCAACGCGGGAUUCAACGUAAUUGCCAUCGGCCUCCUGCGCCCCCCCAUGCUGCUGCUAUACCUGGGCAUGAUGUACGUGGCUGUGUAUCCUCUGUACCUGACGAGGCAGACAUCGAGGGAGCAGAGGGAGGUGUAUGAUGACGAGGAUAUUGGGGUGUUCUGGGAAGACCUUCAGGGGGGGGUGUUGGACCACGGGGUGUUCACCCAGGGCAGAGGGCUGCUCCUGCGCGAUUCAGCGAUGCUCUUCAUGGCUCUGCUGGUGAUCUGCCUCAUAGAGAGCGCCAACAUCACCAACGACAUCUCCAACUUCAACAUCUUUAACAUCGCCUUUGAGCUCAUCAGUGGAUACGGCAAUGUGGGUCUCUCCCUGGGCUACACCUGUCCACCUGAAGCUGGCCCCAGCUGUGUCUCCCCUCCUUACAGCUUCUCUGGUGUGUGGAGCCCUUGGUCCAAGCUGGUUCUCGUGCUGGUAAUGCUGCUGGGCCGCCACAGAGGCCUGCCUGACAACAUCGACGCUGCCAUCUCCCUCCCCAACCGCAACCAGUUCAUUCCUGAACCACCUGCACUGCCUGCCCCACCUUCUGCAUCUGCUGUAUCUGCCGUCCCUGUUGUCGCACCUUGCAUGCGUUCCACGUGUGCACCAAGUCGCCCCUCCCCUAGUCGCCCCUCCCCUAGUCGCCCCUCCCCUAGUCGCCCCUCCCCUAGUCGCCCCUCCCCUAGUCGCCCCUCCCUAGUCGCCCCUCCCCUAGUCUCCCCUCCCCUAGUCGCCCCUCCCCUAGUCGCCCCUCCCCUAGUCGCCCCUCCCCUAGUCGCCCCUCCCCUAGUCGCCCCUCCCCUAGUCGCCCCUCCCCUAGUCGCCCCUCCCCUAGUCGCCCCUCCCCUAGUCGCCCCUCCCCUAGUCGCCCCUCCCCUAGUCGCCCCUCCCCUAGUCGCCCCUCCCCUAGUCGCCCCUCCCCUAGUCCGCCCCUCCCCUAGUCGCCCCUCCCCUAGUCGCCCCUCCCCUAGUCGCCCCUCCCCUAGUCUCCCCUCCCCUAGUCGCCCCUCCCCUAGUCGCCCCUCCCCUAGUCGCCCCUCCCCUAGUCGCCCCUCCCUGAGUCGCCCCUCCCCUAGUCUCCCCUCCCCUAGUCGCCCCUCCCCUAGUCGCCCCUCCCCUAGUCGCCCCUCCCCUAGUCGCCCCUCCCCUAGUCGCCCCUCCCCUAGUCGCCCCUCCCCUAGUCGCCCCUCCCCUAGUCGCCCCUCCCCUAGUCGCCCCUCCCCUAGUCGCCCCUCCCCUAGUCGCCCCUCCCUAGUCCCCUCCCCUAGUCGCCCCUCCCCUAGUCGCCCCUCCCUAGUCGCCCCCCCUAGUCGCCCCUCCCCUAGUCACUCCUCCCCUAGUCGCCCCUCCCCCGGCCGCUCCCCUCCCCCACCGCUACUCACCUCAGCCUCCCCCCCCUUCCCUCCCCCUCUCCCCCGCUCCACCAACCACUCCACCUUCCACAUCUGCUGCAUCUGCUCUGCGACCACGUGCUACCAACCAACGAAACGGUGUCUUGCUUCUGGAGGUGGAGAACGGACAUAG